AUGACGUCAGUUAAUAAUAUAUCAAGAAUUUGUGCUACAUGUCGAAAAGGUGGUGAUGUAUUUAUGUGUCGUGGAUGUCGACAAACAUUUUGUGCUAAACAUGUUGAUGAACAUCGUAAAAAACUUUCAAAAGAAGUCGAUAAACUUGCUGAAGAACAUGAAUUAUUAGGACGUAAUAUGAUUCGUGAUAGUGAAGUACAACUUCUUGUUUCUAUUAUUGAUACAUGGGAACAAGAAUCAAUUGCAAGAAUUAAUCUUGCUGCCGAAACUGCUCGAACGGAUUUACAAAAAUGGACUGAUCGAAAUAAUAUUGAAGUUAAAAUUCCAUUUGAAAGAAUAACAAAUGAAGUUCGAUCAUGUCAACAAGCUGAUGAUUAUACUGAAACUGAUCUUAAAAGAUGGAUUCAACAAUUAGAAGAAUAUCGAAAUAAAAUGGAAAAAUUACCUAUUCUCGAUAUGAUAGACGAUGAAGGAGAUACAGAAAAUAUUCGUCUAAUUAAAUUAAAAGAAAAUCAUGAAGAAUCAAAAGAAUUUGGUUCGACUACUAAUAAUUCACAAUUUACAUUUGAACAAAGUAUGAUUAGUUUUCAAGAACCAACACUUCUUGUUCGUGAAAGAUUUGAUGAUGUUAAUGGAAUAGCUACAGUAUCAGAAGAUGGUCUUUUAGCAACAUAUUCAGGACCAUGGUUAGGUCAUUCUGGUAUAUGUGGUAUUAAUCUUUAUUCAUCAGGAACACAUCAUAUUCGUUUUCGUCUCUUAGAAAAAUUUUAUGAUCCACCAUUUUUUGGUAUUAUUACUGCAUCACAAACGAAUAUGGAAAAAGUUUUAGAAUCAAUAUCUACGAAUGGUUGGUGGAAUCUUGAUCUUCCUAUUAGAAAUGGUGAAAAAGAUCAUCGAAUUCCAAAAGAUAAAAUUAUUCGAUCGUAUGAUGAAUUAACAUUAACAGUUGAUUGUGAAAGAAAACAAAUUUUUCUUAAACAUCAUCGAUCGAGAAGAUUAGCUCAUUUACCAAUUGAUAUUCGAGCAUGUCCUUUUCCAUGGAAAAUUCUUGUCGUUUUACAUCGUCGUGAUGAUGCUGUACGAAUUAUUGGUGGUACAUUAACUUUAACGAGAGAAAAUUUAAUAAGCAGAUUGAGUCAAAAACGAAAUGUGUAG